CAGAUUCGAGCCCUGGUGCAGGAAGUUCCCACAUGCUGCAGAGCAACUAAGCCUGUGGGCCACAACUACUGAGCCUGCGCUCUAGAGCCCGCGAGCCACCACUACUGAGCCCGCGCUCAACUACUACUGAAGCCCGCGUGCCUAGAGCGCAUGCUCCGCAACAAGAGAAGCCACUGCAGUGAGAACCCCGCGCACCACAACGAAGAGCAGCCCCUGCUCGCCGCAACUAGAGAAAGUCCACGUGCAGCAACGAAGACCCAACGCAGCCAAAAAAAUAAAUAAUAAUAUUUUUUAAAAAAGAAGCUAGGAAAAGAAGAGCCAGUUAAACACAUGGUAACUGGAAGAAAGAACAAAAUAAUGAAAUAGAAAACUGAAGAUAGAGAAAAACAACAAAGCCAAAAGUUGGUACUUGAAAAAGAUUAAUAAAGCUGAUUAACCCCUAGCAAAGCUAAUCAAGAAAAAAAGAGAAAAAACACAAAUUUCUAUUAUCAGGGAUGAAAGAGGAGACAUCACUACAAACCCCACAGAUAUUAAAAGCCUAACAAGGGAAUAUAAACAGGCUUAUAGCAAUAAGUGUGAUAAGUUAGAUGAAAUGGACAAGCAUGAAAAUACAAGCAUGCUAGGUGCAAUCAAAGAAAAUUACAAGGUACUAUGUCAGGAUUCAGCAAAGGCAUUUUUCUAAGUCCAGAGGAAUCUGGAAAGAUUUCCUUAAAAUGGCAUUUAAACUGAGACCUGAAGCAGAAGUGGGAUUUGACCAGGUCUAUAGAAUUGUGUUCCAGGCAGGGAUGAUGGAACACAUGCAAAGGCCCUGAGGUUGAAAUGAGCUUUGUGUAUCCAAAGAAAAAAGUCCACUCUAAUGGCCCUUUUUAGUAUUUGGCAACUACAUGCUUACAUCCUUCCUGGGUGUAAACCUCCAGGUGGACCUACCUGCUGGACUUGACCAGAAAUGUUUGGAGACCAAAGCAAAUCUGGAGGAGCUGGCAGUGAGCCGUGGGCCGCGCUGGUCUCAGCCAGAUUUCCCGGCAAAACGCGGGAGGAGAGAUGCCCUGGACCGUCCUGCUCUUUGCAGCCGCCUCCCCUAUCUUGCUUCACAGGCUCCUUGGCUAUCCCAGCGCCAUCCAUCAUGCUGGUGCCCCCACAUCCCAGCAGCCAGGAGGACCCCAUCCACAUCUCAUGCAUGGCCCCCAGGGAUUUCCCGGGGGCGAAUUUCACACUGUAUCAAGGGGAGGAGGUGGUGCAGCUCCUGCAGGCCCCCGCGGACCAGCUCGAGGUCAUCUUCAACCUGAGUGGUGGCAGCAGGGAGGUUCCAGGGGGACCAUUCCGCUGCCAGUAUGGCGUGCUCGGCGAACACAGGCAGCCUCAACUGUCAAACCUCAGUGAGCCCAUGCACGUCUCCUUCCCAGGUAAGGCCCUCCCAUCAUUCCUCACUGCCCCGGCCUCCAUUUUCUCACCGCUGAGGCUUUGUAGGUGCUGUUCCCUCCACCUGGAAGUCAUCACAGGACGAGCCACCUCUUGCGACUUGCCAGGACUUUUUCACUUUUCCUUGUUUAAUCCUCACAGUCACCCCAUGCAAUGGGUACAGCCAUUCUCCCCAUUUUCCAGAUAAGGAAACUGAGGCACAAGAGAUGAAGAGACUGGCCCAGG